GAAUGUGUUUAGUUGACUCUGUGCUGUCGUUUCGAUCAGUCGUGUGUUAAUAUUGAGUUGAGUUGAGUGGUUAUAAACAGCGGCGAAUGUUAUGUGAUGAGUGCUGUGUAAAGAAGGCCCUUGAAAUAAAGAUUUUGUGUGUGUGAUGUGAAUCGUUAAACAAGAACAUUUAUUUCAAUUUAAAUGAGACAUGAUUUUCGUAUAGAAAUACGCUAAGUUAAUGAACGUUAAAUAAAUUGAAUUGGGAAAUUGAACUUUUUUUUUAAGUAGUUGGUGUUUUUUGUGAACUUUUUCUUUUGGACAACAUUUUGGAUUACAUUUAUUAAAUGGUUGUGAUACAUCAUUCCACACAAUCGCAACGGACAAAGAUGACAAUCGAUUGGGACAUAAACGAUUCGGUGGUACCGAAAAUCGAAGAUUGUGAUUUAAACAAUUACUUCGAAUGGGCGGACGGCCAUUGUCGCUUCGUGUAUUCCGUAAAUAGUGAAGAAGCGAAACGCCAUUCGUCCGGUUGGGCGAUGCGUAACACCAACAAUCACAAUGUAAAUAUUUUAAAGAAAAGCUGCUUGGGAGUGCUGCUAUGUUCGGUGCGCUGUCGACUGCCCAAUGGCGAUCGCAUCCAUCUGAGACCGGCAAUAUGCGAUAAGGCACGUAAGAAGCAACAGGGAAAGCAAUGCCCGAAUCGAAAUUGUACCGGACGUUUGGAAAUUCAACCAUGCAGGGGACAUUGUGGCUAUCCCGUUACUCACUUCUGGCGACACACCGAAAAUGCCAUUUAUUUUCAAGCCAAAGGUGUCCACGACCAUCCUAGACCAGAAGCUAAAGGUUCGAGCGAAUCACGACGGGCUCUUGGUAGCAGCAGACGUAUUCGUGGGUUGGCCGUUCUUCUGGCUAGAGAUGCUGCAUUAAAUACGAAGCUUCGUACGCUUAAAACUCCAAUGAAGAAGUCAACGUUGAAGGUUACCAGCCCUCAGUUUAAUUUGAAAACCAAAUGCAAUUGUUCGUCGCUAAACUGCAACUGCUUGCUGAGUACUUACCCGACUUCUUACGGCACAUACAAAGAUAACUUAAGUGAUCAUUACGAACACGACAAUAAAGCAAUUGAACGGAACACAUUCCAGCACGCAAUGGACGAUGAAUUUUCCUACUCAAUUACCUAUCCCAAUGCAACGCCAAUGCCGAACCAACCGUUCGACGGCUAUUCAACGUCAUCGUAUCUACAACCAUCUGGCGAUUACUUCCAUCCCGAAGAAAUAUUUCAGCUGGACCAGCCAAUCAGAAGCACAUACAAUUCGUAUUCACCGCAUGCGAUCAACGAGCCGACGGUAAUAGCAAACAGUCGAUCACCCUCCACAUCAACACUGUUGGAUAUGGAGAGUGGCACAAUUCAGAAAAAUAAUUCGAAUCUAAUGAACAAGGCAUGGAUAAACGACGUGAAAUAUGAAAGUUGUGAUGACACAUCAAGUUUGACGAGCACGUCCAGUCAAUUCGAUGAGGCAUACUAUACGUUUCAGACGAACAACAAUAAUUAUUUGGACAGCAAUCAAUAUGGUAACGGUGACUAUAUGAAUGUGACGAAAAUGGAGUGUGCCGUAGCAUUCGAACAGAAUCAAUUUUUCGAUCAUUGUGAAAAUAUUGCCGGUGAUCAGAAUUUGGCCAACGGUACGCACAUGCAACAAUAUUAUUACAACGAAAAUCAGAAAACUGGUGACUAUAAUUACCCGGCCACAAACAAUUUGAAUGAAUUGAACAGCACGUCGAAUGGAUACGAUAUAUGGAAUGCCCCACAGCAGCAGCAACAACAACAUAACAACGACAUGCAUAAUAUGCAUCAGACGUAUCAUGUGGCAUCAAAUGAAUUUCAAGCGUACACCAACAGCACUGGUCAGCAAUUAGUUUAUUCGGCUUAAUUCUCUGAUUAAUUGAAAUAUAUUUUCGUUUUUCAUUGUUUUCGUUCUUCGUCUUCGGUUCUUCUGCUGUAAAUUUGUGAAGUGAGAUGCGUGCGAGGCUUUAAUCUAUAAAGUAAAUCUUCAAGUUUAAUUGCUUAAACAAGACUGUAUAAUAAUGUAAACCAUUUAAUACCACUUAAUUAGGGGGAGGGAGUUAUUUCUGUUCUCGAGGAUCAAAAUAUACGCGUUGUUGAAUUUUCUAGUCAUUUUUUAUGUUUUAAGAAAUCAUUUUAGUAGAUGAGAAAAAGAAAUGAAAAUUAAUUUUUAAGAAUUUUAUCCACAUUUUCGAUCAGUUUCAACACUCUGAACGGUGGUUCUGCGAAUCUAUUUAGAGUUUCGUUUUUCGAACCGUUCGCCGAUUAUAGUUAAAUAGUAUGAGGUUCUAGAAUCCUGGGAGCCAAAAAGUAAAUUUUAAACAAAAAAAAAUUUAAUUUUAAUUUUGUCCUAAGAAAUGUUGUGAAAAAUUC